UCCCUUGCAGGCAAUGCUUCCUGCGCAGAGGUGACAGUGGGCGGAGCUUUGUGUCAGUGUCGGGCUCUUGCUGCCCCCAGCACAUUGCUCUUCGCCGGGUGUCGGAAAACAUGGCGCUUAAACGGAUUCAGAAGGAGUUGAUGGAUUUGCAGAGGGAUCCCCCAGCACAGUGCUCCGCAGGGCCUGUAGGAGAGGAUUUGUUUCACUGGCAGGCGACUAUCAUGGGCCCUAAUGACAGCCCUUUUCAAGGUGGCGUUUUCUUCCUUACUAUUCACUUCCCCACAGAUUAUCCUUUUAAACCUCCAAAGGUGGCAUUCACAACCAAAAUCUACCACCCUAAUAUUAACAGCAAUGGUAGCAUCUGCUUGGACAUCCUGCGGAGCCAGUGGUCCCCAGCACUGACAGUUUCUAAGGUUCUACUGUCGAUUUGUUCCCUUCUAUGUGACCCAAACCCAGAUGACCCUUUGGUUCCUGAAAUUGCUCACACGUACAAAGCUGACCGGGAGAAAUAUAACAGACUAGCAAGGGAAUGGACACAGAAAUAUGCAAUGUAAUGGUCUUUCUAGUAGCACAGCCAGACUGACAGACUGGAGAGGGGAGAAUUCCUCAAAAGAGGUUAGACACUCCUGCUCCUCUUAUCUUCUUGUGCCAACACGCCCACAUUUUUUUUUUUUUUUAUAUACCAACAACAGUCAACCAAAAAUCAAAAGAAUAACCCAGGAACUUAAAGGACUCCCCCACCUAUGAAAUCUGCUGCUGUGUUGGAACCCUUCUGCUAUCUUUUACCUACAAAUACUGCAAGCCUAGCCCCUCUUUCACUGCACUGAAUUCCCCUAACCAGCCUCCUUGGGUCUGUGUUAAACAAGCUUCAUAUCAACUUACACGCUGCUUUAAAUAACUCAGGUCAUGGAAGUUGGUCCGGGGAGAAUCACAGGACCUUGCCCCCUCCUCCCCUCCUAAUCCCUUCUUCGUGUCACCAGAAUGGCAUAACUUGCAAUUCUUUAGUUUCUAAAAGGAGGGACAUACGCACAGCAUUUGCGAAGACUGCAAGAGGGCGUUUUUCAUGUUAUGGCAUUUUGGAGUCAGAUCUUAGUAGACAUCUUCACCAUGCACCUGUUACUUGGAAGCUGAUUUGUUUCUCCACUUGUGUCAUCUCAUAGUGGAUAAAGGAGUCUGGGAUAAAAAAAAAAUUGGUACUGUUCAGAACUGCUACACAUACAUUUUCUUUUUAACAUAUUUAGGCAUACAAUAUUUAUGCUUAAAGGAGAUAGGUUUCUUGAAACCAGUUGCUGCUCAGAAAAUUUAAGAAUUGAGACAUUUCACGCAUUAUUAAACAACAUUUUGCAGUACUGUGGGAUAAUGAAUUAAAAAACGUACUGGUACUUUUUGUUUUUCUAGUACCAUAUAUAAGAAAUGAUCCAGCUAUGAUUUACCUUUUUUUGUUACGUUUUAUUUGAUCCGGUGGGUAUAUUUGCCAUUUAAAACUAAAUUUACAUUAAGUAGGUUGACUUGUUUGUUAUGGAUAUCAAAAUAGAUUUGCUAAUUUAGCCACAAGGGCUUAAUUAUUCCCAAUUUCCCUACACUGAUUUAGGUACGGAUGAUUGCAGAUCAUUCUAACACUGCAGAAGCAAACUAUGUGUAUGUGGUCCAUCUGCAGAUAUGGGGUAUUUUUGGAUGGGUUAGUACUGUGACUUACCCUGUCCCAGCCUACCUCAUGCUUUGAAUUCUGGGACAGGAUAGUCCUGUCUCCGUUACAGAAUAAUGGGAGGGCCCUGCAAAGCGCUGGGUUCAAUUUUCCGCUUAAUACAGUUAUUUCUCUUCUGUUUAGAAAACAUGGGUGAAUUUGCUCCUUUUUUAUAUAAUGUUAUUUGCUACAAACAAUGUUACUGCUUCUGCUAACUAUACUAACAUUGAUAAUGAAUACUCUAUGGAGUGUCUGUACAAUGAUAAUGGACUAACAACACUGUGUAACAGUGAUGUGUGUCUUUACGCACUAAUAAAGAAUAUGCUGGACUAUAUAAUGAUGUAGAGCAAUGAUCUCAAACCAGUUUAGUGCUUCAGAAGUAUUGGAACCCAGUACAGGAACAACAAGUCCCUCUCAAAGAUCCUCAAAUUUCUUUUUAUACUAAACAAAAAAAUGUGAUGCAAAUUUCCCAUCUAGAACAAAAAUGGCUCCCAAGAAUCCCCAACCCCUGCCACAACCCUAAAAUACCCCUACAAAGUCCACAAAUAAAUGCACAGCUGCUACCCAGAACUACACAAUCUUCCUUGAAUUGGUAAUACCUACUAGUUACACUCUUCUUUAUCUCUGGAUAUCAUUUUCUAUUGAAAAACUCCUUAUUCAUAUGCAACCUCUAGUCAUAAAAAAUUGUAUUCCAGAGUUCCAUGGAACACAAAGUAGAAGAUACUGAUACAAAGAAUCUAUAUCAGUAGUUCUUAGCUUUUGUAUCAGAUCCCAAGAAUCAUAUUUGUUAGUCCCCUAGGAGGCUGACCCAGUGAACGCCCACUACUGGGAUGUGUUUAUUUUAAUAUAUUUUCUUGCUGGAUGCUAAUAGAAAUUUUGUAUAUACACACACACACACACACACACACACACAUAAUAUUAGUUAAAGUAUUGCAGUUAAAGAAUGGAUCAAUAAGCUAAUAUUAGAAUGUUUAAGCUAAUAACACAAGUAGUUUGCACACUGUCAAGGUGACGAACCACUAAUCUACGUGUUGAUAAUGACUACAACACAUAGUGCAAUGAUGUGGGUAUUGUGUUAAUGGAAAUUUGUGUCCCGUACUGUGUUACGGUGAGUAUUUAUAACUGAUAAAGUGCAUGAUAUCUUUGUAUUAAUGCAGGAGAUAUCCAUAUAGUUUUUUUUCUUCGUGAUCUUAAAAUAGACUACUGGGUUGCAGCAGCUUCAGAGUAAACCAUAAUCUAGUUAAAGGGACAUGGAAGUAAAAAAUUAAACAUUUGUGAUUCAGAUUGUUCAAUUAAAAAACAAAAAAUGUAUUAAAUGUACCUCUUUCUCUUGGUAUCAUUUGUGAAUCGUAGGUCUUUACUAGAGCUUACUAAGGUAGACCCAAGUGUGUGCAUAUUAAACACUCUAUUAAAAACAUUGUUCCCAUCACUGCUGCUAAAUUGUACUAAAGGCACAUGAACACUCCUGAGCAUAUUUUUGAUAACAGAAUAUGCUCAUGAAAGUUUAAUUUUGACAUCUGUGUCCCUUUAACAAGAACUAUCAUGCUCAGCAUCACUAUACAGAGUAGUAGCAAACGUUAUGCUUAUUGGCAUUAACCCUUUGUCGACUGUUUGUUGUUUUGUUUUUUUUUCUGCUUAUUUAUAGAUUCUGCUGAUUGACUUGUAUCUAAUUUAGUUACCCAUGCCAAUGACUUACCAGCCUGUCUUUAUAUUAAUUGUACUUAAUGAUUGUAUUGCCAAAAUGGCACUCUCAAUAUUAAUACGAUUUGUGAAUAUUAACCAAGACAAGCAGGUUAACAGCUUUUUCUGCUGGAAUGGUCUGCAAUUCAUUAAACCGAAUUCUGUAAAAUACAUUUUGCUUAUUAAAGGAACUGUGACUUAAAGGGAAUUGGCAGAUGACAUUGUAAGAUCAUGUACAUUUUAUGAUUUGGACAUGCUUCAAUUUUAUUUGAUAAGAAAAAAAAAAAAAACUAAAUGUUUUUUCUCUAAAGUAAUACAUGUUUUUAAAUAUGUUUAGAUAUGUAUUAAUGGUUGCAUUGUUUUUAUGUGAUCUUAUAGUGUCAUGUGCAAAAUCCUUUCACCGGGGCAACCCUAAAAUAUGUGAGUAAUUAUAUUAAUUUAUUAGUAAAGGUCUGUCAUUCUGUAGCAUUGACCAAGGUGAAUUAAUACAAAAGGCUUAUAUAUAAAAUAAUUUGUAUUCAUGACUGUUCUCUAUGGCAGAAAAAAAUGCAGUAUUUUAGGAGCAGUGUCUGAAAUAGGUCUAAAAACAAUAUUGUACACAGUACAGCCUUGUCUCUGUAUGUAUGUAGCUGUGGUUUGUCAAAAUAUGGUAAUGUUGUGCCUUGUGCAUGCUUUUUUAUGCAAGCAAUCCGUAUAUACACAGGGGGGAUCCUGCAAGUCGAUGUGUUUAACCACUCAAAAUCCUGCUCAAGGUUUGCAGUAAACUGCUGGUCCUUGGCAGACGAGGCUGGUGUGCCAAUCAGCAUUGGCAGUCACACAACUCCUCCAAUCACUGGCUGUGCCUGAUCGGGGCAAGCAGUUGUAUGUGUCUCCCAAACCGUACUCUAACAAUGUGUUUAAUUACAUUUACAGGGGUCAAACACAGACUUGCAGGGUCAGUAGUGCUAAAUUUGUAUGCUACAAUGAUUUUAGAGCAUGUGAAUUUUGCAUUACAAUGUAACUUAGAAAGAAAAAAUAUAUACAGUUGGUGACUAAACCUGUCAUCGUCCUUUUGCUAGGGAUGCCAGCUUACCUCAUAAUGGGGUGUAUGUAUGAGUCCUGAGCACAUGCUGCAUAUGCUGCACAUACUGUCUGUGUUUUCGUUAUAACAAGCCUCUGCUUCAUUAUAUUGCCCCUUAAAGGGACAUUGUACUUAAUUUGUUUUCUACCAUCCAUAUAAAAAAGACCAGUAAAACAUAUAAAAAUUAUUUUUGUCUGAUAGAGAUAUAUAUAUAUAUAUAUAUAUAUAUAUAUAUAUAUAUAUAUAUAUACACAUACAUAAGUUGUCUACUUUUAGCUAAUGCAUAUUGGCUGACAGGCACUUACUGCGAAUGCCUAUUUGUCACUAAGUACAAUGAACAUUGGCAGAAAAUACACAACUGAUACUGCUGCAUUAGUUUUAGUUUAAACUGGUUUUACCACACAUUUGUUUAGGCUAAAAAAAAGUCAUGUUUAAAUACCACUUUCAUAUGGACGGCAUAAAAUGUUGGAGUAUGAUGCCCUUUUAAGAUGAUGGCCUAAACAGCCUGUACAGAGAAACCUGUAUCUGGCUUAAAUUAAAAUAUAUGGAUAUUUUUAAAGUCCCAUUUUUUUAUUUUGUUUUCCUCAGGGAUAAUUUUCUAAAACUGUAUACUAUAGCAACCAAAUUUGAGUAUGCAGUUGAAUUGAUAGUGUAAAGGUGACAGAAAUGAUAACCCAAACAAUUUUAAUUUUUUUAGACAUGAGUUUAGCAGAUGCUAACAUUACGGCACCAUUUAUCAAUACAGUCUUGGGCAGAUAAUUUAACCUAGUGCAGGAAGAUUUAGGAUUUCCAAUUUCCACACAAAACCUUGCAUGUGCGUUUAAAAAUGUUUUCCUUUACAAACAAUGGAUUUAUAUAGUGUGCAGUGUGAGUGAAUAUAUUUCUAAUUUAUUUUCCACUCCCCUUUCUUGAAGCCUUGAUGGGAUUUUUAUCAGUGAAAAGAUUAGCAGCACCUCCAAUAAUACAAUUUACUCAAGUUAAAAAAAAAAUUAAAAAAAUCUGCCAAAGUGUGACUCUUAAAGUUGGUGCUGGAAAAAAAAAAGUUUUUAAAAUAACCUUUGUCUGCUGUCUGUUUAGUUUUCUUUUUAAUUAAUGUUGUUUGAUGUAUUUAUUAUUGGACAAAUAACAAAAUACAUUGUUGAGGAUAA